AUUCUUUCACUCUCUAACUUCAUCCCCCACUCCUACAAAAAAAAACAAGAGAGCUCCAAAAUUCUAUAUUCGUUUUUCACCGUCUUAGAACUCGAAUUUCACUGUGGUUAAAAAAAAAUACUCCGUAAAAACAUGGCGUCGUCUGAUGGAUUAGCGAGCGUUGAGCCUUGGUCGUUCCGACAAAGCUUCAACAUCGACUCCUGGUUACUUCCUGAUCACGACAGUGACAUACUCGCCAAAGCUCUUCACAGAUCCAUCUCCACAUCCACACCCACCGAUCCUUUUUCUCCGUCGGCUUACUUCGACUCCGCCGCCGUCUCCGAUCUUUCUCCUCCGCAAACCCUCUCUAACGUCUCCUUCGCCUCAGAUCCGGACAUCUCCGGCGCUGGUGGUGGGAAGCGGAAGCGUGGUCCUGGCGUCGCCGGAGAUAAACCAGCGAAACGCCGAUCUCGAGUCUCGACGAAGAAGUCUCAGACAACGUUUAUUACGGCGGACGCGGCUAACUUCCGGCAGAUGGUUCAGCAAGUCACCGGCGCGAAGUUCAUCGGCUCUUCCUCCCACGGCAUUUUCCCUCCGAUCGUGAAACCGGAGCCGCAUAGGCUCGCUAGCAGGCUACCACCACCGUCGUCCUCGGCUGUUCCCACGCUUGAUACGUCGUCGUUUUUGUCGAACCAUCACCAGGAGAACAUGGUCAACGAUUUUAGCUCUGUUUCAGCACCGGCGAGUUCGUUUUUUCAGUCAAGUACGGUGAAGGCCGGUGUUAGUGGUGGCGGUGGCUCCGCCGUGGAGCUGGAUAGUUACUUCCCGACGCUUGAGUCGUGGAAAGUUAUGUGAUCGAAUCGGAUUUAUAAGUUAGUGUUUGUAGAUGUAGUCCCCUGUAUCUCUCUGUGUUUGGUUAUGAACAUCUUGUUAUCAUCCUGAGCUUUGUGGCUAUGGAGUCUCUUGUUCAUACUGUUGGGGGAUUAAUGAAUCAAUGGUUAAUGGCAAUUUUUAAUU